AUGGUAGAUGGACCAUGGUUCAUAUAUGAUCAUUACUUGACAGUUAAGGAGUGGACUCCAGAUUUUCACCCUGAAAAUGAUUCUAUUGUGAAUGUUGCGGUGUGGAUCAGAAUUUCAGGCCUACCAGUUGAGUAUUACAAUCCGAAGGUUUUGCAAGUGAUUGGAAAUUUGGUUGGUCGAACAGUAAAAGUAGACAAGAAUAUGCUACAAAGUGAAAGAGGUAAAUAUGCAAGGAUCUGUGUUGAAGUUGAUAUCUCGAAACCGCUACUUGCAAUGUUUGAGUUGAAAGAUAAGAGUUAUAGGGUUGAAUUCGAGGGACUGCAUCUGCUAUGUAUUCUGUAUGGAAAAUUUGGUCACUAUAAGGAGGGGUGCUCCUUGAUGAAAAAUGGGGAGGGUCUGAUCUUGAGUGUAAAUGAACAAAGUCAUGGUGUAGGCACAACUUCAAAUGGGAAGAAAGGAGCAAUAGAUGAGAAGGGGCAGGAAGAUGGUCCUUGGCAGGUAGUGCAAAAACAACGAAGAAUUAGAAAGAUGCCAGAGUCCAAAAAGAAAGUACCGGCGACGGGAUCUUGGCUGGCCAAGGCGAGAUCACGGUUUCAGGCACUAGGGAAUGACAUGGGAGAAACUAGUGGAGUUGUUAAGGAAAGUAAUAAUGGGAGGGAGCUAAAUAAGGAAAAUGUGGAUGGUAUUAAAAGUAAUGACAGAAAUACUGUUGAGGUAUUUAUGGAGACGGAAAGAAAUAAUGAUGCUAUUAUUAACACAGUCAAUGGGCAUGAUGAGACAAUGAUUAUGCAAGAUUCCAUCGUAUCUGUUACGAAUAUUUUGGGAGAGGGUAGUCAAGGGAAAAAGGAUGAUGUCGAGGAAGGGCAGUUAUUGGUCAAAUAUAAAAGCAACACUAAUAAAGGAGAGAGAAAAGGAAAACAAAUGGAUAAUAAAGGUACAAACAAAAAGGGCAGUAGGCUGGGGACACGUGGAAAUAUGGGCUUUAAAGACAAAAAUGAGGGCCCCAGGAAGCGUAAUAUUGAAACUGUUUUGGGGAAAAAGCCGCAUGCAGAGAUUCUCAGCAACAAACAUGUGAAUAUACAAAGGGAAAGUAGUGGAAAACAACUAAUAGAAGAUGGUGGGGUUACAAUUCUAGAGCAACUUAAUGGCAACAACCCUUUCGGUCGGAUUGAUUCUCUCACUCAGAAGAUAAAUGACUUGCAUGGGGUGCAUGGGAAUGGUGAUAUUAAUAUUACGUUAAACUAUGCGGCCAGACCACCAGAUGUUAGCAUCAAGGAUAAAGAUAACAACGAGACUGGGGCAGUGGACCUUAAUAUACCAAGGGAUGAAGGUUUUAUAAGUUCAGAAGGAGAGCAAGCUAGAGCGAUAGGCUGCAGUAUGGAAGAGGAAAUAGUUCAGGAAACCCCUGAGUUGUGCUAA